AUGUGCUCGAACAACUGCAUCUCUAUAAAAACUUUUCUUCUUUUACAGUUCACCAUCAAUGCUCUUCUUGAUAACAUAACAAAGGUUUUUAGGUCAAAGAUCAAGAUUCAGGGAUUCAGGCAAACACGUCUUUAUGCGUUUGUUAUGCUCGAGUAUGAUCCAAAUCUCUUUUCAGUUAUUUGUUGA